AUGAAACCGGAUAGCGGAUGGUAUGUCAAUGAAGCUCUUUUAGCUGAACUCCUCGAAGAAGUGCCAACUGACUUGAAGAAACUAGAGAAGAAGCUCUGUGAUAUUGAUAUUCGCGAAUAUGGUGAUCCUUGUCUAUCGAACUGUAUGAACAAAGAAGUUCUGAAUGGCCCAGUAGUGCUUCAGCUAAUUAGAUUCAGGAACGUAUCGCAACCAAAAGUGAAGGAAGACGUAAGAAGCAGUAGCGAUGUAGCCCGAUUAUCUCUAACUGAUGGUCACACUUCUACCUCUGCCCUUCUCCUGGAAAAUAUUAAAGGUCUGAACUCCGAUACCCCACCUGGCACUAAGCUAUUGAUAACUGGAACAGCGCCUGUGGAAAAUGGUUUUGUGAUUUUGGCCCCACGUAAUGUUGCGGUUAUUGGAGGACGUGUAGAAAAACUUAUCGAAAAAUGGACGAUAGAAAGACCUCGUACUUCGAAUAACAACCCAGUAAAACAACCUCGAGAAAGCGGAUAUCCCUCAAGACAGCAAGUUAAUCCCUCCUCAGAUGCCAGGAAGAAAGGGGAUUCGAAUUACAAAAGGGAUUCCAAACCAGAAAGGGAGCAACGGAGGCUGCCUCCGCAGUCCGCUUCUUAUGGAACGAAUCGCGACCGUAACGAGAAGUCCCGUAACGCUAAUGCAACCAACCGGGAAAAUUACAUGGAAAAUAACCGACCGCAGCAGCGCGUCCAGAAAUCUCAACAGCGACCCGUCACUUCACCGCAGUAUACGGCUCGAAGUGAAAACUAUUUGCAGAAGACGAAUGGCCUCACUAACAAUCGUAAUGAAUAUCCUCCAUCUGCUUCAUCUGCCGGUAGAAGCCAAGGAAGUCGACGUGAUUUCAAUUCGUCUUCACAGUACCCGAGGGAACUGCUGGUUAACGAUUUUUCACAUAUGCACCUUGAUGGCGGUCCUCGGCGUUUUGAGUCGAAGAAACCAUUCCCUUCUAAAAACAAUCCUUCUCUCAAUCCACAGUUUACUGCACCGGCAUGGAAAGUGGGCGAUCAUUGUAGAGCGCCUUGGAAUGACGGGAUGUAUUAUUCGGCAACAAUCGUGAACCUCGGACCAGCCGACAUGUGCGCUGUCCGCUAUGAUGAUUACGGGAAUAUUGGCACAGUUCCUCAGGCAGUUCUGUUAUUAGUCUAA